AAAAAAACUAACAAAAAAACUCCGCUAAUUUGAUUGGCUUAGGCCCUUCCAUAAUGCAUCCCUGUAACACGGACAAGAACUCGGGAGUGAAAGAAUCAGAAGAGGAGGAGCCAGACAUCACUGCACAGUCGCCGGUGCUCUCGCCUCUGCCUGCUGAUGGAUCCGCCUGGUCACCAACCUGCCCUCCCGACACCCCAUCCAUGCUGCCUGGGUUCCUGUUGCCGGCUCUUGUCCCUUGCUAGAGGCGAUGGAAUGUGAACCGACCCAUCCUCCAACCCACCUGCAAGAGGACACUCCCAACCAUAGGCCUCCAGUCCUGAUACAACAGGUGUUUCUGAGAAAAACCACAAGAGCUACUUAAAAUUCCUGAGAGGACCAUGGAGAAUGUAUCCAAAGUCGCAUCGUUUACUCUCACUGGACUAAUGGAAAUAAACAACUACAAAUAUGUAUAUUUUGCCAUCACCCUUGUUGGAUAUCUGCUAAUCAUUUGUUUUAACUGCAUUUUGAUUUCCAUUAUAUAUCUAAACAAAAGUCUUCACGAGCCCAUGUACAUCUUUCUCUGUGCUUUACUUGUCAAUGCUCUCUAUGGGACUUCUGCUUUCUACCCUAAACUAUUGACUGACUUGCUGUUUGACGUCCACUUGAUUUCCUACGCUGGAUGCUUACUUCAAAUAUUUGUUCUUUUCACUUAUGCUGCAUCUGAAUUUACAAUUUUAACAGUAAUGGCAUAUGAUCGGUAUGUGUCCAUUUGUAAACCUUUACACUACCAUAGCAUUAUGACACCUUCAUCUGUUAAAAUAAUGUUGUUUUUAGCCUGGCUUUUCCCUGUCUGUUUGAUAGGAGUCAUUGUUAUUUUAACUAGCAGACUAACUCUUUGCGGUACUAAAUUAGAAAAAUUUUACUGUGACAACUGGUCAGUGGUAAAGCUAUCUUGUGUGGACACAACAGUAAACAAUGCCGUUGGGUUUCUUGUAUUAAUAAUUGUAGUGUUUCCACCUCUGGGUUUCAUUGUAUAUUCUUAUAUUCAAAUACUUAAAAUCCAGCUGUAGAAAUUCCCAAAACUUAAGAGGCAAUAGUCAAGUCUAAAAUGAUACUUUUAAGCAAAAAUCUUUCAGUUUGUAAAUAUUUUACAUUCAAUUGCUUUUAAUAGUUAUUUUCUUCUGGUGUGCAACAGUCUAUGAUAGAGAAAAAUGUUUUGGUGCUAACAAAAAUACAUUUAUAACUCGUACUGAUUGUCACCUCCAUUCAUUAUAUAGGUCUCAAAUGUGCAGUUUUGAAAGAGACUUGUUCUAUAAUAAUUAUAACAUUUUAUGAGAAUCUUGCCUUGUACUAUACUUGGUUAAAUAAAUCUUAGUUUGCAUGCUAUGUUUUCAGUUAGUGCUGUACUUGCUUGGUCAUUCACCUGGAGGUUGAAAUUGUCCCCACCCCUUCAAUUGCUUCUUUCCUUUCAUAAACCAACCAGCUGCUUCCCUUAUUGACUGACAUGUUUUCAGCCAGUAACGUACUUUGGUCCAUAAGACACUGUGGAGGUGAAAUGACCAGGAAAAAAUUUAUGGAAUUAUUUUGUUAGCUCCAAUUACUUUAAGGGUGAGCUUUGUGACUACUGCUGCCCUCCAGUGGACAUUGUAAAUAUGUACUUACAAAGUGCUGUCACAUCCAAACUGAACAAAUAGUGCAUGACUGGUAUGGAUACUAACAAUACAUGUUUACCUUUCAUUGCAAGUGCAUUUGGAUUUGUUGUAGGUGACCGGAAGUGCAUCAAAAUCGGAUUCUUGUAUUUACACUGUAUAAUUUUUUAUAAAAUCAAAACAUUAUGAAACAUGUAUUAGGAUAUAGAAAUAUACUUUAUAAAGAGAUGUUGCCAUUAUAUGAUAAUAUAGUUUAACUAUAAGAAUCAUAUACAGCAUUUCCUUCUGUACCUCGAGUAACGGUAGAUGUUGCACAUAGCUAAAAGGAGCUCUCUUAGAAACAGAUUCACAGAAAAUUCAUAAUUAAUUGAAUCAUUAAUCAUUUUAGCAUUUUAUUUUGUCCAAUUAGCAAGGUGUGUAUUUUUUUAAAAGAGUUACAUUUGAUUCUAAUAAAACCUCCAAACAUU